CCUGACCAUGGGCGAACCACAGGAAACCACCGACGAGCUUCAGCUCGAAGCUCUCGGCCACAGGGGAGAGUUGAAGAGGAACUUCUCCCCGCUUGCCAUGCUUGGCCUGGCUUUCGCAAUCCUCAACUCGUGGACCGCUCUCUCUGCUUCUCUGUCUCUGGCCCUGCCCUCCGGUGGCUCAACAAGUGUGAUUUGGGGCCUGGUCACCGCCGGUAUAUGCAAUCUCUGCCUAGCAGCCUCUCUCGCCGAGUUCCUGUCCGCAUAUCCCACCGCCGGCGGGCAGUACCAUUGGGUUGCUGUUAUCAGCUGGAAACAAUAUGUCCCGAUUCUCUCUUGGAUUACUGGCUGGAUCAACGUAUCUGGGUGGAUCGCGCUGGUUGCAUCAGGUGGUCUUCUGGGCUCCCAGCUUAUCGUGGGUGUUAUAUCCCUGAUGAAUCCGAACUACUCUCCUCAGAGAUGGCACCAAUUCCUGAUUUACAUCGGCUACAACAUCUUCGCCUUCGUUGUAAACGCUUUUCUAAACUCGUCUCUCCCCUACGUCAACAAAGCCGCUAUCACAUGGUCCAUUGGCGGGUUCUGCAUCAUCUCAAUAACCUGUCUAGCCUGCGCAUCCCCGAACUACUCCUCCGGCUACUUCGUCUUCCGGCAAUUCAUCAACGAGACUGGCUGGCCCGAUGGAAUCGCCUGGUUAUUAGGAUUGCUACAGGGCGGUCUCGGCCUAACCGGCUUCGAUGCCGUGGCUCACAUGAUUGAAGAGAUUCCAAACGCUGCCACCGAGGGACCAAAGAUCAUGAUAGCUUGCGUCGCUAUUGGAAUGUUCACUGGCUUCAUUUUCCUGACCGUCCUUUUGUUUGUCGCGGGUGACGUAUCAACUGUGACCACCUCUGCGGCAGGUCCUCUUCUUCAAAUCCUUUUCAACGCGACUCAAAGCCACGCGGGAGCUAUCUGCCUUCUAAUGUUCCCACUCGUUUGUUUGUUGUUCGCUACGACCUCCAUCAUGACGACUUCGUCCAGGAUGUCGUACGCAUUCGCUCGCGACGGUGGUCUCCCCUACUCGAGAUUCUUCGCCAAGGUGCAUCCAAAGCUGGAUCUUCCCCUCAACGCGCUCUACCUGACGACCGCGCUCGUUGUCAUCUUUGGCUGCAUUUUCCUUGGAUCAAGCAGCGCAUUCAACGCCAUCAUUUCCGCUUCAGUUGUAGCACUGGGCGUCAGCUAUGCCAUGCCAAUCGCGGUAAACUGUCUACAGGGGCGAAACAAACUUCCGCCACGGGCUUUCGUGCUUCCUACCUGGUUUGGAUGGACCGCGAAUUUGAUCGGCAUUGCCUAUGUGAUCGUCACAACGGUACUCUUUGUUUUUCCCCCAGACCUCCCUGUUACAGGCAGCAACAUGAAUUAUUGCGUCGUCGCCUUCGCAAUCAUCCUCAUCAUUAGCACCGUCCAAUGGUUCGUCGAUGGGCGGAAGAACUUCACCGGCCCCAAGACUGGUAUGGGCCUCGAUGUUCUGGAGGCUAUAAGGAGCCAACAGAACGAAAGCGAUGGGACGUUGAGGUCAAAAGACGCAGAGGAAGGAAAAUAGAGAUUAGAUUAUCUAAUUCACGUUCUACUAAAUUUUACAUCUACAAUUUUAUAACUUUCAAACACCCAGGGGUUCUUCAAGACCGCGUGCACUCCCAAUGCGGCAGCACCACAUAACCCGAUUUGGGACGUCCGUAAAGGCUGCGAACAUGUAGUUGCUUUUGUAACCUCUUUAACCACGAAGAGGUGGGCUAUCUU